GGGUGUUUGCACUCCGUAGGAGUGGCCCAAAUGUUUCGACCACAUCACAUCACCUCACCCGGCGUGAACGACAGCGGCCAAGCUAGAUGAUAUUUCGAAUCGGCAGCUAACGUUGGGGAUUUGCAUUUCCGAAGGAAGAGCUAUACAUUUAUCUCAUUGUGGAGCCAGACGGUACCACCAUGGCUCUUUACGAAUAUGUCACUCAGGAGCAGCUAGCGGGCUUCGACAAAUACAAGUACAGUGCAGUGGACUCAAAUCCCCUGUCUGUCUACGUCAUGCACCCUUUCUGGAACUUUGUGGUGAAGUUUCUACCAACAUGGUUAGCUCCAAACCUCAUUACAUUUACAGGCUUUAUGUUCCUUGUGUUGAAUUUCCUUAUGUUGGCCUUCUUCGACUUUGACUUCACUGCGUCCGCUGUAGGGCAUGGACACGUGCCUAGUUGGGUCUGGGUUGCUGCGGGGCUCUUCAACUUCUUGGCCUAUACACUCGAUGGUGUUGAUGGUAAACAGGCUCGUCGUACCAACUCCUCCACACCACUAGGGGAGCUGUUUGACCAUGGCCUGGACAGUUGGGCCUGCAUCUUCUUUGUCGCCACCGUCUACUCCAUAUUUGGACGUGGGGAAAGCGGCGUGGCCGUGGCCACACUGUAUUACAUCCUGUGGGUGGUGCUGUUUUCAUUCAUUCUGUCUCACUGGGAGAAAUAUAACACUGGCAUCUUGUUUCUGCCCUGGGGAUACGACAUCAGCCAAGUGACCAUCUCUCUUGUUUACUUGGUCACUGCUGUGGUCGGCGUGGAAACAUGGUACCAGCCAAUUCUGUGGCACUUCCUCUACAGAGACCUUUUCACCUUUAUGAUCAUUGCCUGUUCCUUCACUGUGACCUUACCCAUGAGCCUCUACAAUGUCCUGAAAGCUCACCGCAGUAAUACUCUGAAGCAUAGCAGCUUGUACGAAGCCUUCCUGCCCUUCCUUUCCCCCGUCCUCCUCUUUGUCUUGUCCACCAUUUGGGUGGUCUACUCUCCAUCCAGUAUCCUCGAGCUGCAGCCCAGGAUCUUCUACCUCAUGGUGGGGACAGCCUUCGCUAAUAUCACGUGUAAGCUGAUUGUAUGUCAGAUGAGUAACACGCGUUGUCAGGCGCUGAGCUGGCUGUUGCUGCCCAUGACGCUGGUGGUGUUGUUAGCGGUGACCGGGGUGGUCACCAACGAGACCCUGCUGCUGCAUCUGUGGACAGCAGCUGUUAUACUUGCGCACAUACACUACGGUGUAUCAGUGGUACAACAGCUCAGCGGCCACUUCAACAUCCUCGCCUUCUCCCUGAAGAAGCCCAACAGUGACUGACAGGAGGAGGAACGAAUCAGCUUGAAAGAAGCAGAGGUUUAGGCUCCUCCCCUCCUCGCUUAUCGACACUUCACUCUCAUCACAACGGAAACCGCAUCCCCUCCCCUCCAUCCAUGAGGACACUGCAAGUGGAAUGGACUGUGGCCGUUUUUUCCACUGUCCCCAAACACAUGCACGCACACACACAACACACGCACACAUGUUCCUAACCAACCAACCAAACUGGUCUCGGCAAUGGGGCGGGCCCAGGGGCUCUGGCUUCCGUCAUUGGUGAUUGGCUAACUUAGUUGAGCCAAUGAGGUGCAAUUGUUUCCUAAGGAAAUGUGCUUCAGUCAUGAGGACAGGAGCCAUGCGAACACAGACACACACACACACACACACACACACACACACACACAUAUGUACAUACAUUAUCCUGCUUUCGUGCAGAUAAUUUAUAUCGGUAUUUCAAAUACAAACACAGCCACACACACAGUUGCACUCACAUAGUAUUAUGAAUGUAUGAUAUGCCUUGGGGAAACGCCAUUUAAGUUUUAUUAUAUUAACAGGAAUGCCUCAAGUAGUGUUGUUUCAAACAGACCAAACCACUAAAUUCUGGCCACAUGUGGCUCAUACAUCCACAGCUGUGUCUAGAGUUUAAAGGUUCGGUCACCUUUUUAUCAUCGAAUGAUUUUCAGUUGGAAAUCCCAGUGAAGUAUGUUAAUAACUAUAUAUAUAUAUAUAUAUAUAUAUAUAUAUAUAUAUAUAUAUAUAUAUAUAUAUAUAUAUAUAUAUAUAUAUAUAUAUAUAUAUACUGUAUGUGUAAAGGGGUUUGGGGCAUUUUAUUUUCUAACUGAAAUGAAACUUUAAAAAAAUUAUGACUACUCCUGUAAAACAUUGUAUAGAUUUUCCUCUAAUUAAUUCCAUAUUCUGCUCUGUGGUGAUGGUUGUCAUGAGUAAACAGAGCUGGAUUUUGACUAACCAGGACAAGAAUUGACCAGGGUGACCUCUGACCUUUGAACUCCACUAAUCUUCCACUUUGACCUCUGUCUGAGCACUGGCCUCCCGGCUCUCCCUACCUUCUGAGGUGUCGUGUCUUCAUGCUGAUUCGUUCCGUUUUAUUUUUUUAUUUAUUUUUUUUGAUAUACACAUAUUUGGUAUUUUUGUCUGUCUGUUGCCAUGGCAGUGGUUUGUGGUUCAGUUGCCCAGCGCUUGAAUGAAGAGUGCGUUCAAAAACCGUUAAUGGAACGGACUCACUCUGAGGGAACAAGCCGUCGCACAGGACACCGCAAACGCCACGACAUCGCCUGGCGUCACACUCUCCUGCUCACACACACACAUUAUCACACCUUUUAUACUGCUUGUCAGAUAACUUGUGUAUUGUUUUGUUUUGUUUUUCAGUCUGUUUAACACUGUUCCUCUGUGGGAUUCAAACAAUGUUUCUAUGGUGAAGAUGAAAAUUAAGUAGUGGCUGCAGGCUGGACUUGGUUUUUCAUCAAACUGGUUUUCACUGCCAGGCCAAUUAAGAUUUACUUAUCAUCUUUGUCACCUCUCAUUGCAAAAAUCUGUCAUUUUCUUCAUGUUACAACAUAGACAGUUUGUCACUGUGGUUGUAGUUUGGAGGAAAUAAGUUAUUUUGUGUGUAACCGAACCCUUUGGGAUUCCUUUUGGCCUUGCUAUUGAAAAGUGACUAGUCUUGUCUAUCUGCAAGGACUUUCCCCUGUUUCCAAUCUCCAGUAUCUGUUGACAAAGGAAAGAGAAGUCCCAGGUCAAGAGUUUCACAAUUCAAGCUUGGCCUGAUUGAAACUUACACGAGCAACGUGGAGCAAGAGGGAUGAAGUGUUCCUCGAGGCUGUAUUCUUCUUCACCAUUAUUUUUAAACUGUAGUUCUAAACCAAACUAGAAAAUUUUAGCCCACAAAGUCAGGUGGGGCUCUGGUUUACAUGUCAUGCCUCACUUUUACCUGUCAAAAGACAGGUGCAACAGAUGGAUCCAGUCAGCUAAACCAUCGGCCCAAUGUCUGGGUCUCAGUGUUUCUGAAGAAAAAUUGUUCAAAUGAACCAGAACGCCAAUUGUUGGGAAAGCCUUGUACUCGCCUUGUGAACGGCAAAUUCAAUUGGGAGUUGUGCUUGUCAGUUAGCUGACUGAACGUGAAGUCAGAAUGUGAAGUCACAAUAUUUAUCAUCUCAUAUACAGUAGAUUGCUGCAAUACAAUUGUGAUGAUACUUUAUGAUUAAAAGAUACAUAGGAUACAUUAGAUUACACUGGGGAUGAAAACUAUAGAAAUACGCUUGGAUCUUUGUGGAUCAUUUUUACCACUUGUCCAGAUGUUUUGUACAUAAACUGUUAUUGAGCAACACUGAACAUUUAGACCACAGCCUUGUAGUGUCCUUGUCGUACUAUCGUGACUUGGAGAAACAAUGUAAGAUCCAACUCUACUGCCAUAAUACCCAGUAAAGUAGCCCAUGUUGGUUUGCGGUACCUCUGCACUGAAACUGGGGAAAGCUCGUAUGCAGUCGUAAGCACAUUCUAAUAGUUGAAAUGUGAUUUGAGACGUUCUUAAUGAAGCUCCGCAUCUGUGGAUUUGGAGACCGAAGAUUGUAGUGAUGUGAGAACAACUGUGACUGAGAUUUUGCCGCUGUAACGGUGAACUGUUUUUUUCUGGUGGGUACAUGCACUGUCUGGAUAUGUGCAGAUCCAUGUGUACAAGUUUGUUAAUGUAUGGGUGUAUACUCUGUGUGGAUAUCUGUGUAAAUACAUAUAUGAUUUCUUCAUUUUUAUUUUAUUUUUUAAACUACAAAUGGCUGAUUUCUCAGAACAUGGGGAAGGUAACUUGUAGGACCAGGGGAUGGUGCCAAUCAGCAGUGUUCUUAUCGUCAGCUCUAAACCCUGCAAAGCUACAAAACUAUCUAGGUAGCACUUCCUAGAUCUGACAACAGUUUUUUGAACAUUUCUCAUCUCUGCUGCUCUACUGGCUGAUUGGAUCAGGUCUUUUCUCUGGGGUGGUUUGGAGAGGGGACGGCUCUGGGUGUGAAGACCUCCACCCCAGGCCGCAAACACUGCACACAAUGCUAAAUGCAACAAGGGAUUUCACACCAUAUUCAUAGAAAAAAUGUUAGCUGGGUGAGAAAAUGGGUGCCAUUCAACGAAACAAACAAACCAUAAAACGAGUGACAUUCUCACCCAGCCGACAGGUGAAUUCAUCGGUUUAUUUAGGAUAACACUUUAAAUUUUCUGAGCUAAUUUUCUGGGCAUAUUUUACAGUGUGCUCCUCAGCUUCACUCGCCACUUUUUAGGAAAACAAUCUUAAUCCCCCCUGGAUCAAUGAACUAAGCUUUUCAAAUUGUGACUAAGUUUUUGUGUAAUGCUGCCCUGGCAAACACUCCAGGGCUUCAGUGUGGCUAUUUGUGAUGUUGUAUUUAACCAGUGAAAGAAAGGACUGUCCAGAAACAAAUAAAAGUGAAUUUUCUUUAACCA